AUGGCAGCUGCCGGCAUCGCCUCGCUGCUCCUCCUCCUUGUCGUGCUGCCGUUAAGCACGUCGGACGACAGCCUUGUAGUUGGCAGGCCGCUCUCCACCGGUGCUACCAUCGUCUCGGAUGGCGGCACCUUCGAGCUCGGCUUCUUCUCCCCGUCCAACUCCGUGCCUGCCAGCCAGUACCUCGGCAUAUGGUACAGCGGCAUCACCGAGCUCACCGUGGUGUGGGUCGCCAAUCGUGAGUCCCCAGCCAUCACCGGCCGCCCGACCCUCGCGUUGACCAACGCCUCCAACCUUGUCCUCUCUGACGGAAACAACAGCCACAUCCUUUGGGCGACCGACACUGUCGCUCCAGACGUAGGCGCUGGUUCGGCGGUGGCCGUGCUAACGGACGCCGGGAACCUCGAGCUCCGCUCGCCGAACAACACCGUGCUAUGGCAGAGCUUCGACGACCCAACCGACACGUUCCUCCCCGGCAUGAGGGUCCGGACCGCCAGCGAGCAUGGGCGUGGCGGUGGCUUCGACUUCCUCGUGUCCUGGAAAGGCCCAGGCGAUCCAUCGCCGGGGCAAUUCGCCUAUGGCGUGGACCCGGUCACCUCCCUCCAGCUCUUCACCUGGAACGGGACGCGGCCGCUGUGGCGCAGCGGCGCGUGGACAGGGUACCGGGUCAACAGCGAGUACGUCGCCAGUAUCAACACCAUCAUCUACCUCGCAGUCGUGGACACCACCACCGAGUCCUACAUGGCCUUCACCCUCUCCCCCGGCGCCCCUCGCACGCGCUACGUGAUGGCCCACUCUGGCAUGUUCGAGCUCCAGAGCUGGACGUCGUCGCGGUGGGACACUCUAGGCCGCUGGCCGCCACACGAGUGCAGCCGCUACGGCCACUGCGGCGCAUUUGGGUACUGCGACAACACCGCCGCGGCACCGUCGUGCCAUUGCCUCGAUGGGUUCGAGCCGGCCAGCCCCGACGAGUGGCGCGGCGGCAGGUUUGAGCAGGGGUGCCGGCGGAAGGAGGAGCUACGGUGCGGGGUCGGGGAGGAGGACAUGUUCUUGGCGGUGCCGUUGAUGAAGGCUCCCGAUAGGUUCGCAGUGGUGGAGAACAAGGGCGCGGCACAGUGCGCGGCAGAGUGUGCCGGCAAUUGCUCGUGCGUGGCAUACGCGCACACAAACCUGAGCACCAGCUCUAGGGGAGAUGCCACAAGGUGCCUGGUUUGGACGGGCGACCUCAUCGACACCGAGAAGAUCGGCACUGUUGGCAGCGCCGAGACAUUGUACCUCCGGCUCCGAGUCGCCGCUUCUGCUACUGCAGUUUUUGCAAGUGUUAUGCUGCUCGCAUGCUUAUCCAUUGGGACAUGGAUUCGCAAGUCCAAAGGCAAGAAACAGAAACAUGAAAAUUUCAAGAUGUUAGUACUAGGAGAUUUGAGAACUCCCGAGGGACUUGGAGCAGGAAGCCCAACUGGCAGUUUUGAAUUUCAAUUUGUAAGCUUCAAAGAUAUUGUAGCCGCGACAAACAACUUCAAUGAUUCACUGAAGAUUGGGCACGGCGGUUUUGGCAAAGUGUAUAAGGCAAUAUUAGAUGGUCGUGAAGUUGCUAUCAAAAGGCUUGGGAAGGAUUCUGACCAAGGAAUGGUGGAGUUCAGAAACGAGGUUAAUCUGAUCGCCAAACUACAGCAUAGGAAUUUGGUUAGACUUCUUGGUUGCUGCUUGGAGGGAGAUGAAAAACUUUUGAUUUACGAGUACAUGCCUAAUAAAAGCUUGGAUGCUCUCCUUUUCAAGAGCGCAAGAAACACGUUGCUAGAUUGGCCAACCCGGUUUAGGAUAAUCAAAGGGGUUGCUAAAGGGCUUCUAUAUCUCCAUCAAGAUUCCAUACUAAAGAUAAUUCACAGAGAUCUUAAAGCAAGCAACAUUUUACUAGACGAGGAAAUGAACCCCAAAAUAGCAGAUUUUGGUAUGGCAAGGAUGUUUGGUGACAACCAACAAAAGGCAGACACCAAACGGGUCGUCGGAACAUAUGGCUACAUGGCUCCUGAAUAUGCAAUGAGAGGCAUCUUUUCUGCCAAAUCAGAUGUGUACAGCUUUGGUGUCUUGACCUUGGAGGUCGUAACUGGCGUGAAGAUAAGCUCUACUUACCAUUUAGACGAGGGUGAAAACCUCAUAGUUAAUGCGUGGAACCAAUGGAACAAAGGGAACAUCAAGGAUUUGGUAGAACAUGAUAUCGUGGAGAGCUAUAUAAUAGAUGAAGCUUUGCUCUGCAUCCAGUUGGGACUCUUGUGUGUGCAGGACAACCCCAACGAUCGGCCACCCAUGUCAUCAGUCGUGUUCAUCUUGGAGAAUGGUAGUGCCACACUGUCCAUCCCAAAUGAACCUAUAUAUUUUCCCCAUAUGGAUAACGAAGUAGAACAUGUAACAGGAAAUGCUAAAAGCUCAAAGAACAGCCUGACUUUUACGGUUCUAGGGGGAAGAUAG